CGAUGUAGAAAUGAAAAACGAUGUGGAGGGGGAGCUUUAGUUUAGUCGAGCGCUGUAGUGGUAUUUGAUAACUGCGACGGCUCCCAGCAACAGGUGUGUUCUGUCUAGACAUACAGAACGACAGCAAACCCAAGUCUUCCCAAAUCAACUUUCCACCCUACUCCUCCUCGUCCGUCUUUCCUUCCCUCGCCCCACCUCUCCAUCACCAUGUCCAGCGGAGCCCUGGGGCGUCUCAGCACCUUGACUCUGAGUGUGAAGCAGCUCAGCCGGCUGCCUCACCUCUCCGACAUCCUCCCCUCUUCACUCCCCUCCCUCCCGUCCCCCAGCCCCACCGUCCUUGUCUCCUGCGUCCCCACUCUGUUCCAGGAGCCUUACAUCCUCUCCGGUUACCGCCCGGUGGGGCAAGACUGGCGCUGCUACCUCCUCAGCCUCUUCCAGAGACACAAUGAAUCCCUCAACGUCUGGACACACCUUCUGGCAGGUCCCCUGGUGCUACUACGUGUCUGGGCCUAUGGAUUGUCCCUAYACUCAGCGUCCCUGCCUCUCUGCCUGUACAUACUGUCUGCCCUCACCUACUUGUGUUGUAGCGUAGCAGCCCACCUGCUCCAGUCCCACUCCGAGCUGGCCCACUAUUCCCUGUUCUUCCUGGACUAUGUGGGUGUGUCUGUGUAUCAGUAUGGCUGUUCCCUGGCUCACUAUUUCUACUGCUCUGAGCCUGCCUGGAGGGAGAGCACCGUAGGGUUCUGGUUCCUCCCUGGCGCUGCCCUACUUGGCUGGCUGUCCUGUGCCAGCUGCUGCUUUGCCAAGUCACGCUACCGCCGGCCCUACCCGCUCCGGAGGAAGAUCUGCCAGCUGAUCCCGACCAGCAUGGCCUACUUCCUGGACAUCAGCCCUGUAGCCCACCGCCUGGCCACCGUACCCUGGGGACAGGACCCCGCUCUACCGCUCCACGCCCUGCAGAUGGCCUUCUUCCUGCUUGCAGCCCUCUUCUUCUCCUGCCCUGUUCCUGAGAGGUUCUUCCCGGGGCGUUGUGACAUCAUGGGUCAGGGUCACCAGAUCUUCCACCUCUUCCUGUCUCUGUGUACUCUGUGUCAGCUGGAGGCCCUUUUCCUGGACUAUGGCAGUCGGAGGGAUACAGUGCUGCAGUUGUAUGGGGAGAGGCAGCUGUGGUACGCCGGUGUAUCCUUCCUCGCCCUAGCACUAUUUAGUGCCCUGACCGCGGUUGUCAUGAGGAGGCAUGUACAGAGACGACUGGAGAAAGGUGAAACUGUGAAACAGUGAGGAAUGGCAGGGAGAGGAAGAAUGAGAGACAUUUUCAGUGUUUUGAGAAUGAUCAUGUCCUGUAAAUGUAUAGAGAGACAGUAUUUAUCUAA